UGUCCAACAUGUCACAAGAUGUUUACCCAACGUGGAAGUCUUAACAGACAUAUACAAGUUGCUCAUCUUCAGUUGAGAAUCUCUUGUCCAAUAUGUCAAAAAGAAUUCACAUUGAAAGGAAACUUAAAGCGACAUAUUGAAUUUAGUCCUUGUGAACGUUUGAUAUGUCAAUGGUGUGGCAAGAAAUUUACUCAAAGUGGCAGUUUAACCAGACACAUUAAUGGAUUGCAUAAAAAUGUCCGAUAUUUAUGUCCUGUGUGUCCUUCACCAAGAUAUUUUACUCAGAGGGGCAAUUUAAGAAGUCAUUUAAGAGUUCAUCAUAAAAUUUCCUGUGGAAAAUUUGUCUGUAAUUGGUGUGGAAAGCAUUUUACACAGAGAGGCAGUUUAACGCGUCAUACACAAGGAGCUCAUUUGAAUAUUCGAUUGCAUUGUCCAUUAUGUGAUAAACAGUGUACUCAAAAAGCUCAUUUGAUAGCUCAUAUAAAACAUGGCCCAGAUAAUUAUUGUUCUUUGUGUACUAGGUACUUCACAACAAAAAGCAGUAUUAAAAGACAUAUGAGAGAACAGCAUUUUAACUCUAAACAUCGAGCUGCUUGUCCUAUUUGUCAUAGACAUUUCAGUCGGGACGGUUAUUUAAGACAACAUUUGAAGACUGUCCAUGAUAUAGGGUUUCAGAACAAUUUUAAUACACCAAAUGUUUAA